CUAUUCUGAAUAAAUGAUAAUUCCAAUAACGCAAUUUUUAGCGAGUUUGAGUCAUUAUUUUCUAACGGUAUUACUGUGACUCACGAAAUCUGCAAACUCACUCUACCAAGUUUCUUAAAAAAGUUCAGCAUCAGCUAUUUAUCAGUUUGUAGGCAGUAUUUCUGGCUUAUUCAUCUACGUGCCAUUAUCAUUUGCAGUUUUUAAUUUGCAGUUGCUUAUUCGAGAAUAAAAGAAUCUAAAACUGUCAACAUGACGAUUAGCAAAAACAAUAAAAUGAUGUCUCAUUUGAACCGCAAGAUGAAGGUGGUAUUAUUGGAUUCUAGGACCUUCGUUGGAUACUUUAAAGCUUUCGACAAACAUAUGAAUAUUCUUCUGUGCGAUUGUGAAGAACUGCGUCGGAUCAAACCAAAACCGGGCAAAAAGAUUGCUGAGGGAGAAGAGAAACGGACGCUGGGUCUUGUAUUGUUGCGUGGUGAACACAUAGUUUCAAUGACUGUCCAGUCUAACGAACAGGAUGAGGAUUCAAAACAGCAGGGAAAGGCCGGAAAUAUUGGUGGACCUGGUGCAGCAAAACCAGCUGGUCGUGGCAUAGGACCGCCCAUAGUCGGACCUCCUGGACCUGCCCCUGGUUUGCAAGGAGCAGUACGUGGUAUUGGUGGUCCUGGUAUGGGAAUGAUGCAGCCCCAACCAAUGCCUGGUGCACCGCCCUUCGUUGUUCCACAAGUUUUCCCACCGCGAGGACCAAUGUAUCAUUAAUUUCCCGAAAUUUUAUUCUCCGUGUUGUUUUUCACUUUUUUUUACAUAUGUUUUUCAUGUGGUUCC